AUGUUAAACCUCUGUGGCUCUCUUCCACCACCUUCUGGGGUAGAUGGGAAUAACAGUACAGAAGGCACAGGAACCUCAGCAGGCUUCUGCGUACCUAUUGGUGCCUGUACAAGAAUUAAGAAAAAACAUUUGACCACGUUCUUCUCUGACUUCCAUGUGACUCAUAUUACCUAUUGUAAAGAAAAAUUUUGGAAAGAAUUUGGAAUGCACUGUUCCCAAGUGAGGACCGAACUCCAGAAAGCCUUUCGUGUAGAGCAAGAGCUGAUCUCUACCCUGCACCCAUCCCAGACAAUGGAGAACUGUCCAGAACUUCCCUCUGUGGACAAUAGCAUUUUUGUUGUAAAGGAGGUGAAAGGACAGAUUCUGGGAACUUAUCUCUGUCUCAAUGGUUACCAUAUGGUAGGCAAGGACACCCUUUUUUGCAAUGCCUCCAAAGAGUGGGAUGCCCCUACUCCCACAUGCCGCUUGGGACACUGUCCUGAUCCUGAGCUGUUUAAUGGUGAGUUCAGUUUCAUGGGGCCUGUGAAUGUCAACGACAACAUCACGUUUCAGUGUGAUGACAACUAUAUCCUCAUGGGCAGCAGUUGGAGCCAGUGUCUAGAAGACCAUUCCUGGGCACCUCCCUUUCCCAUCUGCAAAAGUAAAGACUGUGGCCCUCCUGGGAAUCCAGCUCAUGGCUGUUUUGAGGGAAGUGAUUUCAAGUCAGGAUCUAAUAUUACUUAUUAUUGUGAAGAGAGGUACCGCUUGGUAGGCACCCAGUACCAGCAAUGCAUCAGUGGGGAAUGGAGCAGUGUCCCUCCAAUCUGUGAAGCAGUUCCACUGACUGUAUUUGAAAAGGCCCUCCUUGCCUUUCAGGAGGAUAAAGAUCGUUGUCAAGCCAUACAGAACUUUGUGCAAAGAUUAAAGGAAAGUGGCCUUAUAAUGGAGGAGCUAAAAUAUUCUCUGGAGAUAAGGAAAGCUGAGUUGGAAGCAAAAAGGUCCCUUUAA